AUUUGACAAUUUUUUAAUGGCAAAAAAGAGACGAAGGUAAACAAUAAAUGGAAUUAUUCAUUUUGUAAUGAAGCAAAAUAAUACACAUAAAUACAUAGCAUAGAAUUAUGCUUCUGUUUAUAGAAUUUUAUAUUGCGUUUUGUUAUCGAAACAUAAGUUGAAAGUGAAACGACGACUAUAGAAUCAAAUUUUAUUUACUUGGGACAGAAUCUAAGCUUGAUUGUAGUCCUGAAAAGUAUUCCAUAUGAUAUGCUGACAAAGUUACAUAGCCUUAUGAGUUGCACCUCGAACUCAAUUGUGUCAAUUAGUCACUCUAAUGAACACGAACAAUCAGUAGGGAUACCGUGUUCAGGUCGAGGUGACUGUCUGAACGGAACAUGCAUAUGCGAAAUUCGUUUCAGCGGAAAUGAAUGCAAUAAUUACAACAUCUCAUAUCAUGCCAGUGUUUCAUCUGUAUUUUAUUUUGUGGCAGCCUUAUCCAUGAUUCAAUUGUUCAUAUGUUGCAAGGCUGAAUAUCAUAAGAAAAAGAUCUUGGUCCAGGCCAUCCGACUGAACAUCCAGAAACUUUUGUAUUUCGUUGUUUUUAUUGCGGCUUUGUUACGUGGCGCCUACUUCACAACACCUGGAGCUUUACAACCCGAUUGGGCAUCAUUUUUAAUUUCUGCAUAUUAUCCGUUGCUGUUAACAUGUUCUUCAUUGGUUGUGUGUCUUUGGGCCGAAAUAUUUCAUUUACGAAACGUUCGCGCAACGCAGUUUCUAUCGAAGAGUUUUCUUGGGUUCUUGGCAUUCAACAUUUUGCCCUAUAGCUUAUUUGGUGCAGAGAUACUUUCGACACAUGUAUCGAAGAAACGAAAUGUAUAUGCAUCGGUAUUCAGUGGUUGCUACGCAUUCUUGUUAUUAAUCGUGUUAAUUUUCUUCUUGAUCUAUGGAGUUGAAGUUUUCUUUAAAAUACGAGGUGAAUGGAUCCAUCAACAAACGAUUCCUAAUCAUUCGACAGAAUCGUCUGAAAAACGAGGCAGUGAGACGAAAAGCACACAUAUAAAUGUAGUGCAAGUUAGUCAUGCGCGGUUUGGUUUGUUAAGUCAGGCUGUUAUGAUGACCAUUAUCGUGGUAUUCUUAGCUUCUGAAACACUUGGCGACUUUUGGAAACAGAAAGUUCCAGUUUACUACUACAAUAUAUACGAUAUUAUAUUCCGUCUUUUUGAAGUUGGCUUCGCAUUAUGGUUUCCGUGUUGCUUAUGGAACUCGACAGCUCCCGAGCAACUUUGGAUAUUGAAUCCCCGAAAAUUAUUAAGUCGACAAGUCGACGAUUCAUUUGCUCUACACUCAAAGGAAGGAGUAUCCGCUGAAGAAGGACACACUUUUUUGAAGUUGAAGGACUGCUGGAUUUGUUAUGAUUCGGAAAAAGCGGAACCUCUCAUUCAGCCAUGCAAAUGUACGGGAGAUGUUAGUUCAGUGCAUCACGAGUGCCUUCGCCGUUGGCUAGUUGAAUCUUGUAGUAAAUCGGAAAAAACGAUGAAAUGUCGAAUAUGCAACACACCAUAUGAAGUAACUAGAACUAACAGGCUCUAUUGGACAAAAGGUUUUACUGUCAAUUUUACGGCAAAAACUAUCAUACUUAUCUCAACCAUUUGUAUCACAACUGCAUUUGCAUGGGUAAUCAUACAAACAUAUGUAGAUCCAAUAAUUCGCGUUUUUGUUGCGGGAAUUGCAAUCCUAAUCGGAUAUAUUUGCAUUAAACUACUUGGAGAGAACACUGUUUUGGCUGUACACCGUGCAAAGCUUAAUUCCAUCAACAUCAUUGAUGGAGAUUCUACAUCAUCCGAAAAAUUGUAUUAUUAAACUAAUUUUGAAUAAAUGAUAUUGAACUUCACAAAAA